UAAAUGGUGGUCAACGGUGUCCUUGGUAUGUAGACCUAAUCAGCACACAGAAUACAUGCUAUUCCAUCCCAUAUAGAUUGAAAACUUUUUCGGAAACAUCUGCACGCCUAACGGUGAUUUGGUUUUGUGCAUGAAUUAAAAAAAUGGCACUGAUUGAGAAUUGUAAAACCCAGCAGGCAAAAGAAACAGGGUCGGUGCAAAACCCGCCGUCUGAUGUUAUUGAACUAAACGUAGGAGGUCAGGUAUACUAUACUCGUCUCCAUACUUUAACAAGCAUCCCCAAUUCCUUACUGGGACGGUUAUUCUCCACCAAGAAGGGGUCCUCGAAUGAUUUGUCACGGGACCUCCGGGGACGUUAUUUUAUCGACAGAGAUGGUUUUCUGUUCCGAUAUGUAUUGGAUUAUCUGAGAGAUAAGCAGGUCGUUCUACCGGACCACUUCCCAGAGAAAGGGAGGUUAAACCGGGAAGCGGAAUACUUUGAACUCCCCAAACUGGUCAAACUGUUGGCGUCCGAGGAAUCUAAACAGUUUCAGGACGACCCUUUUCACAGUGAUUUCGACGACGCGUCGCUAGGCAGCGACCAGAGGAUAUAUUCCUCCUACUCUCUGGACCGGAGGUAUGGAUACUUAACCGUCGGUUUCAAAGGCACGUGUGCGGCACCGGGAGGCAAGGACAGCCAGAUUGACCCCAAAUCCCCAAAAGCAGUACCCAGAAUCUUCAUCAGCGGAAGGAUCGGCCUCGCCAAAGAGGUGUUUGGAAACACCCUGAAUGAGAGCCGAGACGCGGACAGGCCUGCGGACAGGUACACCUCCCGGUUCUUCCUCCGGUUCCGUCACUUGGAGCGGGCCUUUGACAUGCUGUCGGAGAGCGGAUUCCACAUCGUUGCCUGUAACUCGUCGAUCACCGCUUCUUCCAUCAGCCAUUACGCACCCGAGAAAGUCUGGUCCAACUUCACGCAGUACGUCUUCUACCGUGGCCCAUCCAGGUGGUCCUCGUCCCACUGCGACUGCUGCUGCAAGAGCCACAGGAGCGAGCGUGAGGGAGAGAGCGGCACUUCUUUGAACGAGCUCUCUACUUCCUGUUCCGAGACCCAAUCAGAAGCCAGCUCCCCUCAGGGCACUGUCAUCUGUGGUUCCGUUAGCCGACAGCCUCACCCCAUCGCCCAGACCCUGGAACGGCCACUGAAGAAAGGUCCCGUUCAGCUGCUCCAGCCGUCGGAGGUGAGGAGGAAGACGGACCUGCUCCGUGUGAGGACCAUGGGGAUCAGGGAGCACCGGGACGCUGCAGCCAAGAGGAAGGCCAACAAGGAGAAGUUAACACCGGAGCAGGAGCUGGAGAGGUGCAUCCAGGACUUCCACAGGAUCAGAAUUCCUGAACGCUUCCCGGAGAGGAAGUACAUGUGGCAACAAGAACUGCUGAGGAAGUACCGUCUCUAA